CAAAUAGUCGAAAUGGCAUCACUGUAUCAGAGAUUCACCGGCAAGAUCAACACAAACAAUUCCUUCCCCAACCCUCCAGAGGCGAGCCAUCUCCUCGGGCAAGGUGUGGAGGGGGAGCGGGCGGCGGAGAGCCAGCCACCCCGCAUUCAGCAUCAGUACAGUCGGCACUGCGAGGACGAGGAUGAGCUGGUGGGCAGUAACCCUCCGCAGAGGAACUGGAAGGGAAUAGCGAUCGCCCUUCUUGUCAUUCUGGUCAUCUGCUCGCUGAUCGUCACCUCCGUCAUCCUGUUGACACCAGGUGAGGAUGACCGCCUGGCUCUCAAGGGCAAGGUGACUGUUGGAGACCUUUUUAGAAAAGACUUCAAGGUUCAUGACCCCAAUGCCAAAUGGAUAAGCAGUAAUGAGCUAUUGUACCGUAAUCGUGAUGGCGAUGUCGUCAGGUUCAACUUGGACACCAAUGAAAAGACAAUCUUGGUGCAUAACAAGAAGUUUGAAAUGUACAAAGCCAGCAAGUAUGAGGUGUCUCCUGACAUGAAGCAUGUGCUGCUGGCCUACAACGUUGCACCGGUGUACCAGUAUUCUUAUACGGCCUUCUACAUCAUUUGCAGUCUGGAGACUCCGGAGACGUGGAACUUGAACCCUCCAGAGGUGCGAAAUGCUCAGCUGCAGUAUGCAGGCUGGGGACCCCAGGGUCAGCAACUGAUCUUCAUUUUUGAGAACAACAUCUACUAUCGCUCUACGGUGGAAAGCCGCUCCAUCCGUUUAGUGUCUACUGGAAAGGAGGGAGUAAUCUUCAAUGGGCUCUGUGAUUGGCUGUAUGAAGAGGAGAUUUUCCAGUCCCAUAUCGCCCAUUGGUGGUCUCCAGAUGGUGCCAGGUUAGCCUACGCCACCAUCAAUGACACCCUGGUGCCCAGGAUGGAGCUGCCCAUGUUCACAGGCACACCCUACCCAAUGGGGAAAGAGUACCACUACCCUAAGGCCGGUGAGGAGAACCCAGUUAUCACUCUGUAUGUUGUGAACCUUAACGGCCCUCUUCACACCAUCGAGAUGAGGAGACCUGAUGAUCCCAGGAUAGGUGAGUACUACGUGACCAUGGUGAAAUGGGCCACCACCACCAAACUGGCCAUCAACUGGUUGAACAGAGCCCAGAACAUCUCAAUACUCACACUGUGUGAGGCCACAACGGGAGUCUGCACAAAGAAACAUGAGGAUGAAAGUGAAGGGUGGCUGCACAGACAGAAUGAGAAGCCUCUGUUUUCCAAAGAUGGUCUGAAGCUGUUCUUUACCCGUGCCAUUCCUCAAGGAGGCAGGGGCAAGUUCUUCCACAUCUCCAUGUCCAUCUCUCAGCCCAACACCAGUACAGACACACUGCAAUCCAUCACGUCUGGAGACUGGGAUGUCACCCAAGUCCUGGCCUAUAAUGAGGACAGCCAAUUGAUAUACUUCUUGAGCACUGAGGAUGGUCCAAAACGAAGACAUUUGUACAGCGCCGAUACCUUUGGUUCGUUCAACCGCCGCUGUCUGUCGUGCGCCUUGUCCGACAGCUGUGGCUACAUCAGCGGCUCCUUCAGCCACAACAUGAGCUAUUUCCUGCUCAACUGCCAAGGCUGGGACAUCCCGUUUGUAGCUGUCUACAAGACACAGAGAGAUGCAGAAAGUGAGACCCAAGACAGAGAGAGUAUUGCAGAAGUACAUAAACUGGAGAGCAAUGAGAACCUGAGGGUGACCUUGGACUCUAUGCAGAUGCCCAUAGUGGAGUACAAGGAGAUCAACAUGGAUGACUACACCUUGUCGAUGCAGAUCCUCAAACCUGCCGGCUUCGUGGAAACGUCCCACUACCCCCUGCUCCUGCUUGUUGACGGGACACCCGGUGGCCAGAUGGUGGCGGAGCAGUUUCACAUGGACUGGACCACGGUGCUGGUGAGCAGCUUCGGCGCCAUCGUGGUGCGCUGCGACGGACGAGGCAGCGGCUUCCAGGGCACCAACCUGCUGCACCGGAUCCAGAAGAAGCUGGGCGUGUUCGAGGAACAGGAUCAGAAUGAUGCACUCAAUUUUAUUUUGAAAGAGCCCUACAUUGACAAAACCAGAGUUGGAGCUUUUGGAAAGGUGUAUGGAGGUUAUGUGACCAGCCUGUUGGUCAGCGGCGAGGAAUCCCCUGUAAAGUGCGGCGCUGUCCUCUCGCCCAUCACCGACUUUGAGUUAUAUGCCUCUGCAUUUUCCGAGAGAUACCUCGGACUGCCUAAACCCGAUCCAAGGGCAUACACAAUGGCAAAUUUAGCCCACAGAGCAUCUCAGUUCAUAGAUAAGAAGUUUCUUAUUAUCCAUCCGACAGCUGAUGAAAAAGUCCAUUUUCAACAUACAGCGAAAUUCAUCGCCCAGCUCAUCAGUGAAAAGGCCAACUACACUCUACAGAUCUACCCAGACGAAGGCCACUUCAUUCACAGCGAAGCAACAAGGCAGCACCUCAGUCAGUCCCUGGUGAACUUCUUCGCAGAAUGCUUCAGGCUACCAGAAAUAGUAUUUGAGGAGGCGCUGGAGGAGGAGAGCGAAGACGAGGGUUAGCCUGGCCUCCCGAGGUUCACAUGCUCCCAAAUCCUUCCCACCCAUACGUUCCGCAUACACUAACCUCCAUCCUGUCUCUGUGCCCAAGCACAACACUGGCAUACAGUCAUCCACAAUAUGCAACUCUCACCUGUUCUCAGUUUGAUUUGGUUUGCAUUUGGACUCCCCGUGUCCGCAUGCUGAACCUGAGACUGCCUUUCCAGCAGAGGACAGAUCUACUCUUACAUCCACCCCAACAUCUUCUGCCCCGAGUUCAAACCCAAAGGCCCCUCCAGAGAGCCAACAAAGACUGAUGACCUGACGUGAUGUUUUGGAAUAUACAGAUCGAUUUAACAGGAAGCUUCACAGCAGGAUGGACCAGCUCCUCAAAAGCAGUGGAGAGAAAGCAUCAGCUCUCACACAGACUUUGAAGCUGUGAGGAAAAGGAACACCUUAUAGCACAUAACUGGUGGGAUUGUAUAUUAAUGAAACUCAGACGCCUGGUGAAAAACAUCGGUUGUUCACAACGGGUGUCUGGAAUUGUGCAGAUAACAGGAAAUGUUACUAUUUUUAAAGUUGUGAAGAACUUUCAUGUUGGACUGUGGUUGUGUCUAUUGUUCUUACAGUAUGUAAAAUAGCACACAAACAUUCACUCGGCUAUUACGGAUAUAUUUUCUUUUGGU